AUUUGAUUUCAUACCACAUUGCCCCUUUAUUAUUAAUAUACAUCUAAUCUAGAUAUCAUUAAUAAAGGAUCAAUUGCUCCAAGAGGAUUCACUUUCAUCAACUCAUAUCAUACCAAAUCAAAUCAAACCAAACCAUAAAUUAUGCAAAUCUUGUACAGUAAGAAUCCGUAUGUACGUUACAUACGAAGAAAACCUUUAUCAGUCAUAGCUCCUAUAUCUGUGCUACUAGUGUUAUACUUCUUUUUCUUCUCCUCAUCUUCAUCAUCAUCAUCCAGUUCUUCAGGUUCAAAAUAUAACUAUAGUAAGAAAUCUAGAGGUUGGUUUGCCAAAAAUAGAGAUUCAGUUGUAUUAAAGAAUUUACCAAAGAAUCAUAUUAGUCAUUAUGAUUUAAAUAUUUUAAGUACUUCAUCCGAUGCUUUAGCCAAGAAAGAAGAAAUCUUAAUCUUAACUCCAAUGUCUAAAUUUUUACCUCAAUAUUGGGAAAAUUUAAGUAAAUUAACUUAUGAUCAUUCAUUAAUAUCUUUAGGAUUUAUAGUUCCAAGAAAUGAAGAUGGUGAUAUUGCUCUUAAGAAUUUAGAAGCUGCUGUUAAAAAGACUCAAUCCCUUGAUAAUAAAUCCAAAUUUAAGAAAGUCACUAUUUUAAGACAAGAUUCAAGUUCUUUAGAUAGUCAAUUAGAAAAAGAUAGACAUGCAUUAAAAGUCCAAAAGGAAAGAAGAUCAAUGAUGGCUCUAGCCAGAAACUCAUUAGUAUUCACCACCAUAUCUCCAACUACCUCUUGGGUAUUAUGGUUAGAUGCUGAUAUUAUUGAAACUCCAGCUACAUUACUUCAAGAUUUAACUCUUCAUAAUAAACCAGUUCUUUCUUGUAAUGUUUAUCAAAGAUAUGUUGAUGAAAGUUCAGGUUCUAAUUCAAUCCGUCCUUAUGAUUUCAACAAUUGGGUUGAAUCAGAAGAAGGGUUGAAGAUUGCUGCUGGCUUACAAGAAGAUGAAAUCAUUGUUGAAGGUUAUGCUGAAAUGGCCACUUAUAGACCAUUAAUGGCACAUUUCUAUGAUGCUAAUGGUGAUAAGAACACUGAAAUGGCUUUAGAUGGUGUAGGAGGUGGAUCAGUUUUAGUCAAGGCUGAUGUUCAUAGAGAUGGUGCUAUGUUUCCUUCAUUCCCAUUCUAUCAUUUGAUUGAAACUGAAGGGUUUGCUAAAAUGGCUAAGAGAUUAGGUUAUGAAGUGUUUGGAUUACCUAACUAUUUGGUUUACCAUUAUAACGAGUAAUCACCUUCACCUUCACCUUCAUUAAAAAGCAUUUCAUUCAUUCUUUUUUUAUAAAUUUAUAUGUCUCUCUGUUGUUUUUUUAUUUGUGUUUAUUAUAUAUAUAUAUCUUUUUCUGUAUAUUAUAAUAAUCUUUAUUUUUAUAUUUGUUUACCCCCUCUCUCCCUCUCUCUUCAUAUUAUAAUCCUCUUUACCCUUAUAAAUACAUAUAUAAAUCAUCUUUUAUACUGUC